AUGGUAAAUAGCAUCACCCCGGCAAUGCAUCAUCUCAAGACACCGCUCCAGUCCAUUCGACCCGAUCCGUUCAAUUCCUAUGGGAGCCUGGGCCUCCCAUGGGGGGGUAGGAUGUUUGAACCGCACAUUUUCGCGACACAUAUUUUCGCCGGAGAUGAACCUGGUCAAAGUCCAGCUAGAUCACGACAAGCUUCGGCAAUCGUCGUCACCGCCGGUGUCAUAAUCGCAGCUCUGACUUUGACCUUUGCACAUGUAACAGUCCAGGCCAAGAGUCGCUCUCGUUUCGUUCCGACGAUCCGUAUAUGCUCUGUUGAGCGCGGACGUACGCGCUGA